AUGUAUAAUGAAUUUAAACAAUAUGCUGUUGAAGAUGCUAAAACUGAUCAUCGAUAUGGUGUUGAAUGUCUAUUUCGAUUUUAUACAUAUGGUCUAGAAAAACAUUUUCGUCAACAUGUAUUUGAAGAUUUUCAACAAGAAACUCUUUGUGAUCAUGAAGCUGGUCAAUUGUAUGGUUUAGAAAAAUUCUGGGCAUUUUUAAAAUAUUCUCGACAAAAACCAAAAAUUAAUUCAAAACUUGAAGAAAUUUUAAAAAACUAUAAAAAUUGUGAAGACUUUCGUGUUGAUGAAGAAUUUAGUGUUUUAGGAAGAAUUGGUAUUGGUUUAGCUAUUGCUGGUGUUGAUGGUGGUCAUCGAGCUGUUUUUUCUGAUCGUUUUCAAAGUGUUAAACUAGAUGUUAUUGAAGAAGGAACUCAUUUUAUGAUUUCAUGGCUUCAUAGACCAAUUAUAUUUGAUGUUCGUACACGACCACGAUCUGUUCCAUCAAUAACAGGAACAAAAGAUAUAAAAGCUAGAGAAAAACAGUCAACUUCAGGAGAUAGGUCUCCAUUAUCUCCUCGUCGUAUAAAUGAAAAAAGUAUGAAUUAUAUUUUAUUAUUUAUUAUUUCAGAUUUACAAACAAUUAAUAUAACAUUACGUAUUCUUUAUCGAGUAAGAGCUGAACUUUUACCAAAAUUUUUUACAAAUUUAGGUUUAGAUUAUGAAGAACGUGUGUUACCAUCAAUUACUAAUGAAAUUUUAAAAUCUGUUGUAGCUCAAUUUGAUGUCACAGAAUGUGCUGCUCAAUUUGGUUUAUUACUUGGUGUUAUUUCAAUUAUGCAUUUAAGUUUUGGACCUGAAUUUACAAGCGCUGUUGAAUUAAAACAAGUUGCACAACAAGAUAUUGAAAAACAACGAUUUUUUAGUAGAAAAAAUAAACGAAUAAUAAUAAAAUUUGUAUGA